AUGAAGUGCAAUUUUCCCUAAAACUUAAUAGCCAGAAGAAGGAAGGCCGGAAACUGAGCAAAAAUCGAACCAAAUCAAUGGCGGCAGCAAGCAGCAGAAUUUCGCGACCGAUUUUUCGACCGGAAAACCGUUCUCUAAUAACCGAAAGCGGCCGCCGAUUGGCACGGCUCUUGUUCACCACCUCGUCGACUGAUAUUCCUCUGCUCCAGAAGCUGCUAAAGGCGCCGCUUUCGAAAAUAGGGGCAACCCUAGACUCUGAGUUCACCUCCGACUCGGCCGAGUUUCCGUCGGCUGCUCUUCUCUCUUCUCUCAAUUCCUCCGCUCCCCAUAAAGCUAAUUUGGUUAUCGAAUGGAAAUUAGAUAAACUAACCGAACACGAGUCGAAAAAUCACGAUCGUUACGCUCAAUUGAUAUCUUUAUGCAAGAACAUUCGAAAUCUCCGAAUUGCAUUCCGUGUAUUUUCUUCGAUGGAGGCUCGGGGAAUUAAACCUACAUCGACGAUCUUCAACGAACUUAUACACACAAGCUUAUCUUCGGGUAAUUUACUCACAGCAUUAAGCUUAUUCGAAACAAUGGAGGCUUCUUCAAUAGGCAGCUACAAACCCGAUUCGGACACCUACAAUGCGUUCAUUUCGGCAUAUGCAAAUUUGGGGAAUAAAAACGCAACUGAAUCUUGGUUGACGGCUAAAAAGGAAUUGGGAUUUUCGGUCGAUGCUCAAACCUAUGGUUUUCUCGUACAAUGCUGUAUCAAAUCGAAAAAAUACCACGAUGCUCGAAAGUACUUUGAUGAAAUGAUAUUAUCGGGACUAAUGCCUAACGAGUCGAUAAUUGAAAACAUGAUCGCUAUGUAUUGUCAGCAACGAAAUCCGAUUAGGGUCAAAGACAUUUUGAAGCUUGUGGUGAAUUAUAGGUUAAAGAUUGAUCGGAAUACGGUUAAAAAGGUUGUGGAUUUGUACGGCGGGCUGGGAUUGGUGGAUGAGCUGGAAGAGUUAGUGUUGACUUUGACCGAGUCUGGUCAAACUUCGGAAGUUCUUUCGCUGGUUCACUGCUCGGUGAUAAGAUUAUAUGCUGAGGUGGAUAGAUUGAACGAUGUCGACCCCUCUAUGGGAAGAAUGCUGAAGGGUGGAAUCUCGUUUGGCUGCGAAGAGGAUGUUGAAAAGGUGAUUUGUUCGUAUUUUAGGGCAGAGGCUUAUGAUAGGCUGGAUUUGUUUCUGGAAUGUAUACGAGAUUCAUACGAGCUUACGAGAUCGAUUUACGAGUUAUUGGGCGCUGGAUAUCGAAGGGCAGGGCUUUCGGAGAAAUUAAAUGCGGUGGUUAAUGAAAUGAAAGUGGCUGGUUUUUCGUAGUUCUUGAAUUAUUUUUUGCCACUCUUUCUCCAUAAAUUAAGUAGCUAAAAUGCCGAUGGUUGGAGAAUGCAGAUUCUCUGCGAUUUAAUAAUCGGGUUUCGACGGACGCGAUGAAUAGAAAGAGCUUGGAUCGGAUGCAACCGAGAGCACGCCUUUCGGUUCUUGGACUCCAUCUUGACCAGGCCUUGUAUCUUAUUUUUGUGUUUACUAUAAAUUGAUGUAAUUUAUAUUUAUUUUUUUACUAUAAAUUGUUCUUAAAAAUCAUUAAUUAUUUGAGAUCAGUUGUAU